UAAUAAUUUAAUAAUUCAUUUACCCCACCUCAUUUUUCCAACCAAACAGAAAUGUACAAAAAUCAUUGGAUGGCUUUCAAUAGCUCCCUUAAUUGUUGAAAUUUUUCUUCUAUUCAAAACAACAAGUUUUUCUACAGCUUCUUUUACAGAUUUAAUACCUGAAUUUUUAUUUUUAAUUAUUCAAUUGACAAGUAUUUUAUCACUAUUUUAUGGGAUUAAACAGAAAGAAGCAAAAUAUUUAAAACCGUUUCUUUAUAUUGGGGUAAGUCUAACAAAUAUUCUAAUAGAAGCCCCUCACCAAUAUUAAGAUAAUCUCAAUAAAUGUUCCAAUAGAAGCCCCUCUCUGGUAAAAGACUGUUUAAAUGGGUGUAUCUCAUAGUGAGGAUCGAUUCCAAUAUAAAACCAAUCAAAGACCCUCGAAAGAUUCCCAGGCCUAUACAAAAAAAGCUCACUAUAGGAUACCCCCUUGUGCCUGAAAAAUCGACCUUAUAAUGAGGUAUCUUAACUAGAGGAGGUAACUCUCUAAUCCUGGCAGCUGCCUCAUCUUGUGACUAACCAAAUUUUAAAAAACGUCUCUUAAAUAAAGGUGUAUCUUAUAAUGGGAGUCUAUUACAAAGAGGUCCAACUAUAUACAAUCACACCCUAUUAUAACACACCUCCAUCUAAGAGACGUUCUUUAAAAGUACUUUGGAAUCUUGCCCUUUGUUUACUAUUUAUUUUUUGUAUAAUUGAAUUAAUUGUAGCUGGAGAGCAUUUUUGUAAACAAGUCGAAUUAAGUUUAAACGAGUUUUUGGAGAAUAUUGUAGUUAGUGGAGGAGGAUCAGAUAAAGAAAUUGAAGAGCCUAUAUUUUUUAAUGAAUUUGCAUCGUAUUCAACUUCAGAAUCUAAAAAUUUAAAUUUGGCCAUUCAAUUGUAUGGGGAAGACCAAACAAGAAGUAAUGAUGAUGAUAAUCAACCAAUAGGUAGUGAGAGUGUGUGAGGUCACUUGGGGGGGGGGGGGGGGGGG